AGCUGGUUCACUUCCUGUAGGGACUGAAAACCAAGUCAGGAGAUGAAGGAUUGCACAGUACUACACCAGAGAAUACAGAGAGGAUAGACACUGCAUUUAGAUCCUGACCAUCCCCCAAGGAACAGCUGCACGGCUGUGGGAAGACAGCCAGUCCUUCACCCCAUUGCUUAGCAUGGAGAAGACUGGGCAGUGAAACUUUGUUGUUUCAUCAAAUCUGAAACUGGUCAGUGGUGUGGAGCCUUCCAUCAGAACCAGCUUGGUCAGGGUGAGUGGGAAGGAAUGUGAGUGGCUCCAAGUGUGAUGAGUGUUUCAAUAAUUCAUGAAGCCUCUUGAACAACUGACUCAUUCCUACAGCAGAGAGGCUGUUCAAGGAUAAGCAUUGUGAGGAAGGCUCCCCCAGGCUCUUAAGAUCUCCAAAACAUAGAUGCAUUUGUUGAACACUCCUAUGGCAGAGAAACAAUUCAAGUGUGAGGUGUGUGACCAAGACUUCAAACAAUCAUCAAUGCUCGUGAAACAUCAAAGUAUCCAUCACAGGAAGAAACCUUUCUCAUGUGAGGUGUGCAACAAAUCAUACUCCAAACCAUCACACCUCCGCAUACACCAAUACAUUCACACAGGAGAAAAACCAUUCAAAUGUGAAGUCUGUGAUAAAGCUUUUGCAACAUCCACAACCUUUCUGUCUCACCAACAUAUUCACACAGGAGAAAAGCCAUUCACAUGUACUGUGUGUGAAAAGUCAUUCUCACAGACAGCACACCUCCGUCUACAUCAACGCAUUCAUACUGGGGAGAAACCGUUCACAUGUGAGGUCUGUGACAAAUCAUUCUCACAUUCAUCUCAUCUUCGUGUGCACAAACGCAUUCAUACUGGGGAGAAACCAUUUACAUGUGAAGUGUGUAGCAAAUCAUUUUCAGAGUCAUCAUCCCUUCGCAAACAUCGUCGUGUUCACACAGGGGACAAACCAUUUACAUGUGAGCAGUGUAAUAAAUCAUUCUCACAGUCAUCUGGUCUUCGAGUACACCAACGUUUGCAUGCUGGGGAGAAACCAUUCAAAUGUGGGAUUUGUGAAGAGGCUUUUGCCCAAUCUAGCACUUUCCUGAGACAUCAGAAGGUUCAUGAUAAUUAGAAAGCCUUCAAAGAAGAGAUCACAUGAUAAUUGAGCCUGGAAGCCCAUCAGCAGCUCCACAGUGGAAAAUAAGACUUCAGGCCUAAAUUUCAACAAAACUUUUGCAACAUCUUGGAGCCUCCUGAUAAACCAGAAAAUUCACACAGGGGGAAACACAACAGGUGUAGGGUCUGUUAUCAGUCUUUCAAAUGGUCAUCAAACCUCUUCAACCACCAAGUCAUUCCAGUGAAUCAGAGGAUCUCCACAAGAAAGGAAUCCUUGGUAAUAGUAUGUGUUAUCUUCAACUUCUGGAAGCACCAGGAGAUUAUCAUAGAGGAGAAACCCUUCAAAUAUGAUACUUGUAGAAUGCAAUGCCCUGUCAAAGAUCCAGACGUUCAUAAUAAAAUGGGUUAACUUCUCUCCGAACUUCCUGUCAACGACACUGAAUUGCUGACAUCUGUUGAAUGAUGGAAUAUCUUCAGACAGACCAGUUCAAAUGCAAAGUGUUUUGAAUGGUGAUAACAGUUCAGGUUUCAGACUGUUGGAGAGUUAGGAUGUUGUUUUCCGAAAAUUUCUCAGGCAUCUUGUAAAAAUAUAUACUAAAUUCAGAAGAGUUAUCGAUUACCUAGAUUCAUCUCCCUCUAUGUAAUCUUAACUCUCGAAGUGGCAGACAGCUCGAGGCCCCAUUUUUACAGAGCUGUCUGAUAUCAGCAGAGACUACAGUUAGUCAUCGAUUCAGCUGAAAAAAAAGCCUACACCUUGAGACUCAUAAAGAACCACAACAAUGGUGGGUGAUAAGACCAAAGCGUUGCCUACUGCCAAAGGUAGUUAGGCCCCACCUGAUGUAUAAGAAGACGAAAUUUUCCAAAACCUGAAAGACUACAUACAGCAUCAAUUUGAUUUACAGAAGGCCUGAACGAAGAUCAGACAGAAGUAUGGUACGUCCAUGGGACAGUUUCCCCUGGAUGACAUUAAAAGGAUCUGGGGAGAAACGACCUGUAUGAAGGAGAAGGAACAGGUCAGGUGGUCUCUGGUCCUCAUGGGGCAGGUCCAACAGCAAAACAAGAUCAUGGCGUGUUCCCACUGUGAGCGAGAUUUGACCAGUACUAAGAGCCACCUGAAAGCAGUUUGUGAAGAACCGGUAACACAACUAGCAGACAAGAGGAAAUGCCCCAGAUCUUGGCCAGGACACCCCUGCUUAAGUCAACCAGCAAGUAAACAACAGAAAGCACAGAGACAUGAGGCAGAUUUAGAUAUAGAUUCAGAAUCCUCCAGUUACUCUAAUGAAGAAGGUGUCCUGAGACUCACUCCAUUGAAAACAAGAUGAGCAAAAGUUAAAUCUGAAGAAACAAAGAAUAGCAAUGGGGUAGUCGCAGUCACACACAAGCUGUUUUAUCAUAAACCAGUGGAUCCUGAGAAAAUUGAUAAAUGGUCUAAAGAACUAUCACCUCCUAAAAUGUUGGGGGGGUGGUUGAAAACGUGGGAACAGUUGGAAUGUUUAAAAGGCAUCUGCAUCCACUCUUUGUACGGAGUCCACAUUCUGGCCUUGAUGACAUCUAGCUGAGAGGGGAGGAAAUCGGGUAGGACGGUACAAGACGCCCUCGGGGACAGUGAGCAACAGACAGAGGUCAGAUGGGAAACUAUCAAACAUUGGCUACAUGAAUUCAAUCCUGUAAAGACAGACUGGGGAAUGAUUGCAGACUGUCAACAGAACAGAAUUGAAGAAAAGUUGAAUUACGACGAACGUUUUAAAACUGUUUGGUUAGAAUACUUGGGAAGAACCCGAAGAAAUGGAUAUAAAUACCAUCUGUCCCCAAAAGCCAUUUUGUCCUGGGUCUGAAUCCAGAGAUAGCAAAGACAUUGAAGAUAUUCCUACCAGACUGGAAAAGUAGAGGAAUGACUUGUGCAGACCUGCUAGAUUGGUGCAAGCGAUUGGACAGGCAUGUAGGAGCUAAAGUUUGGACCAUGCAGGUCACCAGAGGGAAAUCCACGGAGCUGGACAAACAAUUAUCUGAAAAAGUGUCACUAUUGUGGAAAAGAGGAACAUUUGGCCAAGACAUGUAGGGCAUAACAAAGAGAAAAAGAGGCUGAGGAUGGUGAUGUCUGAAGGAGAAUUCCCACCACCACCACCCCUCCCGCCCACACAGAUCAAGUCCCCCAUUGGAAGAGAGUCCUUUGGAGAGAUUUAAACAGCUCUCCCAACAAAAAGAGUUGCUUAAUUUGGUAAAAAACUAGCUGAACCCACCCUCACCCUUUCCACACCUCUUCUUGCACCAACAGAACGAGGAGAUGGUGUAUGUAAACUUAUAAGGGUAAGCAGUCAAGAUGUAGACUGUCUCCUGGACAUAGCAGUGGAAUUGACCCGUCUGCCUUUGUGUCAUGGAGAUUCUUUGCUUUUGGAUGGUAAAGUAUGAACAGCCGCGCAGCUGGGUAUGAAGGCCUGACCAUCCAAAGAACAUAUCUAGUAUCCAUUGAACUUGGUCCACAUGAAUUAACAGCGUCAGACUGGGUGGCUUGGUGGAAUAAGCUCUCUUGGGAAUGGGCACCCUGACCUAAACAAAUUUCUCGUUGCAUUUUAAGGAUAGCUGAGUGACACAGCCCAUGAGAUGUUUGAAAAAAAGAAGAAUUGAAAGAACACCCAAUCUGGGCAAAGGAUAAGAGCGAUUGCAGCCUACUCUGUUUGGAACCCCCUUCGUUUACUGAUGUCACCACCACCCCCCCAUGCACCAAACAAUAUCCCAUCAGCUCAGCCUCAAUUGCAGGAAUUUUGCCAGUUGUCCAACAACUACGAGAACAAGACGUACUGGUGAAAACACAUAGCUCUUCCAACAGCCCUGUCUGGCUGUUGUGAAAACCUGACAUGACCUGGCUUUAGAAAGACUUAACCAAUGCUGUUUGUUCUGCCUCUUGACAGGAUUCGCCAGCCUGGGGUGAUCCACCAGAGGGACAACACGAUAAUGUCCCAGUAGCCUGGGUUUAUUGUUAAGAAAAUAUAUAAGGAACCAGAUGGGAAGAACCCUAUCAAGUGUUGCUGACAACCCAAGCCACAGUAGAAGUCCAAGGGAAGAAAGCUUGGAUACAUGUGUCACAUGUUAAACGAGCAACCAGUGACUGAAAUCAAAACUUGUUAAGGUCUAUAAUGUUUGAUCCAAAAUGUGGAAAUUUAUUUCAUUACUAACUCUGUGUUUUGACUGGUUGCUUACUAGUAGUCUGCCAAUCCCUGCACCAAACUGAGCUAGUGUUUGUAGUGACCUCUUAAAACCCAUCCCUUUUAGCAGAUCCGAAAUGACAGAAUGGGCAAUUCACCAGAAUACCUCCUUAGAGAUCUUGUAUGACUGGCAUGACAGUCCACUGCAGAGGCAGAGGUAUAUUGGGUGCGCAUCACUGACCUCUGAGAGCAGUGGGAGUCGGGUUACAACCUGACUGCCUUUCACAGGUAGUAUCAGCCUAACUACAGCACAUCGCAACAAUCUCCUUUCUUGAUCAUUACUGACACUUCUGGAUUGGGGUGACUUUAAGGAGGGAUAUGUAUAUGUAAAACCCAGAUGAGAGGGCUAGAGAUGGGAUACAGCAAGUGUUCCCAAAAUUAGAAUGUAAUCCAGGUUGUUGGCUCCACCAUCCUGACAUUCCAAAACCUGACCAGCAAAGGUACUUUCCAGCAAAAGUGGUAUCCUGAGAUAAUAAUAAAGUUUACCCCUUGUCAAGGUACUUAUUUGUUUGUGGCCAUAAGGCCUGUGCCUGGUUACCUUCCUCGUGGAUGGAAUCGUGUGAUUUGUGCUUUGUCGGCCCCUUUGUCCGUCACUUGUUCUCCCUACCUGGGAUACCCUGCUGGCAACAAUUCGAAAGGCCUAUUACAGAGACAGAAAGACUCUUUGCCAUUUUGUUCCCCUGGUACGGGACUGCAAAACUGGCAAGGGAAUCUAUCAAUAUGGCAGGUGUCCUGGAAUGGAUAUUGCAGAGGCCUUGGAUAACAUAAGCGCUGAAAUGGUAGCUACCUGUAAGACAGUGCUGCUGAACAGGCUAGCCCUUGAUUGGAUACUGGCUGAAAAGGGAGACACUUGUGCUCAAAUCGGGACCAAAUGCUGUACUUAUAUCCCAGCCAACUCUGAAGGGAUCACUGCUAUAGCAGCGUAUAUCUGAAAAAAGAUGGACAAACUCAGGCAACCCUUAUCUCCUACCUUAUGGAGCUGGACAAUUGGUUGACUGCAUUCAUUGGGGACAUCACUGGUGCUGGGUAUAGCGUUCCUUGCUGUUGUAAUUCUCAUUUUAUAUUGUUAGAUUUUGUUAGUUAAAUGUUGCUGCCAACAGGCAGCUACAGCUGAGACGCUUUGGCAUUUCUAGCAGACCUUGUCUGUACCACAUGCCCUAUGUCGAAGCCAACUUUCUCUUGUGAGCUUUGUGACUCACUGAAGGGAGAGUCAAAGGGAGAAAUGUUAGGGAUGCCCAUAACUGAGCAGCCUGAAAUGGCCAAUGGCUGCCCAUGACUAAUGUAGCAGAACAUGGCCAACAGUAGUUAGACACCUUGGGAAAAUAUUUGCUAACAUAAUCUUCACAAGAAGAACAAUAGUAUCUCUGUAGACCCAAGGUAACAGAACUGAGAUGGAAAAUGCAGUUGCAGUUGUUUAUUCUUAAGACAAGGAUAAGAACAUUUCACAGUGUUUAAUUCGUGAAUGUCUCUUGAAUUAAUUAAUCAGUCUGUUGCAAUACAAAUAGGAGGUUUUAGUUAAGAUCCUUCAAAUAAUCAUAGAUAUAGAUUCUGAAGUAGUUAUGGAUUCAUCCAUAUGCAAAAAAAAUCACUAGAGAAAAAGAUUCAAAUAAAAUUAUGAGAGCAAACCAGUCUCAGGCAGUAAAAACAGCCCCCAUACAAUUACAGGGAGAAAUGAAUCAUAGAUACAGAAACUAGCUGAUAGGGAAUACGCAAGCUAUUGUACAUUGAAGUUGCUGAGAGCAGUAGAAUCUCUGUUGACCUAAGUAAAUUAAAAUUACUAUCAACAGUUAAACAUUUUGCCCGCCAAAACAGUCCAAUCAGAGCAUGAAAAUAAAUAAAUUACUGAGCCAAAUUGCUGAUGUUAAAUGCUGUACCAAAGGGUCCAAUCACAGUUGGACAACUCAGCUCUGCUGACCAGUAGUAUCCAAGGGGGUGUGUGCGCUAUGAACUUGAGCUGUAUAAAAUAACCUACUUCGAAACUUCUUGUGAGCCUUUUUGCUAUGAAGAUCUGAAGCCGUAACAAAGUUGUG